UGACAGGCUGCUGCCAUCGCCCGCCUCGUUGCUGCUAACGCUACCGUUCGUUUUCUACGGGAGCUGGUUGUGUUGUGCGGCUACAUCCACAUUUUAGCGAGCAGAGCGGGGAUUCAGCACAGUAAUGUCUGAGGAAGUUGAAGGAACGAGGACUUUGGAUGAGCAGCAGGAAAUGGAGGACAAAGUAAUCAGCCCAGAGAAAGCAGAGGAGGCCAAACUGAAGGCCAGGUAUCCCAACCUAGCACCUAAGCAUGGAGGCUCAGACUUUCUCAGAAAAAGACUUCAGAAGGGGCAAAAGUAUUUUGACUCUGGUGACUACAACAUGGCCAAGGCAAAAAUGAAGAAUAAACAGUUGCCAUCAGCCCCAACGGAGAAGACUGAGAUCACAGGGGACCACAUCCCAACACCUCAGGACCUGCCUCAAAGAAAGACUUCCAUCGUGGCCAGCAAACUGGCUGGUUGAUGGUUCAAUGUUUACUGUUUUGCUACCAUUCCAGCGCCCGCUCAAUUUCUACCUGCUGUUUAUGUUUUGAUUACUUUUCUCCAUUGUAUGUAUUCUCUAAGAACAAGUUGUAUACCAAGCCAAAUACUUGAGAACAAAUGGCGAUUGUCAGGCACCUAACUGUCAAUAAGAAAAGUCCAGCAAAGUAGUAGCUGAAAAUGUUUCUCAAGAUCUUAAACAAAACUGAACACUUCUUGAUUUCUGAGCAUAUCACACUCGUAAAUAUGAAUGGAUGUUAAUGUUUUCUUAUUUUCAUAGAACAUUUUCACUUUUAAGGAUAUAUGCCUCCAUACAAAUUUUUUAACAGCAGUUGAAGAACUUUGGUGAAGCUUUUGUUUCCUUUAGUGCAAAGGAAUCUUCUUCCUCUGUUUUACUGAUAACUGAGGCAAAAUUGUAAUUGUAAAAAAGUGUAAUUUGUAGUCUUUUCCUUUGCAACUGUUCAUGUGCUCAUAUGGAGGCAUGUCUGUUUAAAUCGUGAAAAGUGAAGUAAUCCUCCUUUUUUUUCUAAUCUUGUUUGUAUCCCGUCCUGUCUGUGUGAUGCUAUUUAAUUCAGUGCUUUCAAAGUACUGAACACUAGAUGAUACAUGCUUUGUAGCCAGUUGUGUUUAGUUCACAUCAGUAACAUUGGUUUGCAAUGACUUGCUGCUGGUCUCCAUCUCACCCUGACCUCUAAAAUGGCCUUAAAAGUAAUGAACCGUUGUUCCUCUUGAGCAAUAUUUGCUCCCUCAGUGAGAAUCUUAGUUGUGAAUCUUGCCUGAAAUGUCUUUCACUGUCUGACUGGAAUCACGUAGGAUUUUAUGGAAGAGAAACUCCCUUGACAUGUCUGGAGUGUGGAUGCGCAUUUACUGUGCAGUCACACUGUGCCAUUUAUUUUGUAAAUAAAAUAAUUUUGCAUAAUAUCUUA